AUGGCUACCUUCGAGGUUACCCGAGACAUGCGAGGCGCUGCUCAGGACCCCAAGAGGGAGAAGGAACGCUAUACCAAGUGGAGUCGCGGCACUCGCCCUUCGGCUGGCUGCAAAAUCAACAGUCUUGACGACAUGAUCAUCACCGGAAGUGAUGCUCAGCGCGCCAAAGUCCGGCCCCAGCGCGCUUUUGACAACCCCCAUGUCCGAUCGCACAAUAUCGUCAAAGCCAAGCUCCCAUAUGACCUAAAGCCGAGUCACUCGCGGGCCAAGGUGGAUGCCAUGGAAGAGCUAAACGAUCCCGCUAUCUCGCGGUCCCUCAUUGACCUGCUUCCAACACCAAACACAAGGCGAAGGCUCAGUGUGGUAGACCAUGUCCUGUACAGCUUCGACCAAACCGAAAGCCCCUCCAAGCCCUUGUCUCUGGAGGUCUUCGUCAAGACCAACCCCAAGGAGACGGAGAAGCUCGUCGAGAAGGAGUACGAGAUCCUAGACUACAACGGAGAUGCCCUCACGGGUAAGAAGGCCCGUCGGAAUCUCCGCAGCCAGGGUCUGCACUCGGCUUCCGAGGAACCGGCGAUUAUCGAGGACGAUGGUUUCGAGCUCGUCUAG